UCUCUCUUAACACACCCCUCGAAACUGCGUGAUACCUUCUAUAUAAACAAACCAUUCCUCUUUGCCUUCAAAUUGUACAUACAUUCAGUCUCAUCAUUCUAUCAAAAACCAAUACAAAAAAAGUACCAAAUCACACCCUCAUCAUCUCUCCAAAAAGGAAUAUCAAGAGUUUAACUAAGGUUCAACCUACCUUUUGAGUUUUGAACAACACUUGCAUGGGGUUGUCAUUUUCGUGCCCAUUCGCAGCGUAUACCGACUUAGAAUCCGCGCUAAAAUCCAUCAGUUUAGAGGAUGGUGAAGUUAAAAGAUUGGGGCUAUCUUGUAGUUUUAAGAUUCAGGAUUUUGAACCAUCAGCAAUGCAGUUAAUGGGCUCUCAAGAAAUGAAGAUCGAAAGAUCUGUUAGUUUUAAAGUUUCGGAUAAACAUGUUGAAAAGACCGAAAUGCCCUCUGAGUCCCCGAGAUCUAAUCUUGAACCAGGGAGUCCCAAACAUGAGGCAGCCACAAAGCUGCAAAAGGUUUACAAAAGCUUUCGAACACGAAGAAAGCUAGCAGAUUGUGCGGUUUUAAUUGAACAAAGCUGGUGGAAGUUAUUAGAUUUUGCGGAACUUAAGCGAAGUUCGAUAUCGUUUUUCGAUCUUGAUAAACAAGAAACCGCGAUUUCGCGUUGGUCUAGAGCAAGAACGAGAGCUGCGAAGGUUGGGAAAGGCUUAUCGAAGAACGGUAAAGCGCAAAAGCUUGCGUUGCAACACUGGCUUGAGGCGAUCGAUCCAAGACAUCGUUACGGGCAUAAUCUUCACUUCUAUUAUGGAAAAUGGUUGCAGUCUCAAAGCAAAGAACCCUUCUUUUACUGGUUGGAUAUAGGAGAAGGGAAAGAAGUAAAUCUUGUCGAGAAAUGUCCGAGAUCAAAACUUCAACAACAAUGCAUCAAAUAUCUCGGCCCCAUGGAGAGGAAGGAAUAUGAGGUUAUGAUAGAGGACGGAAAACUUGUGUACAAACGGAUGGGCGAGUACGUAGAUACAACCGAAUCAUCGAAGGGUUCUAAGUGGAUUUUUGUUUUGAGCACAUCUAGAACUCUCUAUGUUGGAAUGAAGAAGAAAGGUUUAUUUCAACAUUCGAGUUUUUUAGCCGGUGGUGCGACAUUAGCAGCCGGGAGAUUAGUUUCGGAGAAAGGUGUCUUAAAGGCAAUCUGGCCGCAUAGUGGCCAUUAUCGUCCUACACAAGAGAAUUUUCAAGAUUUUGUGUCGUUUCUUCAAGAAAACGAUGUGGAUACGACCAACGUCAAGAUGGAUUCAGAUGAAGAUGAUACCGACUCAUUCGGCAAACAGAGCAGUAGCCUUCAUACAAGAACUCAUUCUUCGGAAGAAGACGUGAGCGAAAAGGAGCACCAAGAGACAGAAGACGCGCGUGUAGACGUUCAUACCUCAAAAAUGACUAUCAUCAUGAAUCAAAUUACUUAUUUACCACAAGAAUCACCAAAGAAAUCGAGACUGUCUCGAUCAUCGAGUCGAAAACUAAGUACUCUCCGAAUACCAAACAAAGACGACGUUUUUACGAGCUUAAACACCAAGACUCACACUGACGAAGCAGAUGACUCAACCGGGUCCCACAAGAUUCGCACUCCGACAACGCAUGACAUGUCGGAUGACGAAGAAGAAAAGACAAACUUAGAGGACAGUGUUCCUAAAAAAUCGAUUCUACAAAGAAUCGAUUCACAUAAAGGAACAAAAUCUUUUCAACUGGGACGACAGCUGUCGUGCAAAUGGAGCACGGGAGCUGGGCCCCGCAUCGGGUGCUUGAGGGACUACCCGACCGAGCUCCAAUCGCAUGCAUUAGAGCAAGCAAAUUUGUCUCCAAGAAGUACUCCUUGUAACCAUAAGUUAGCUAAGAAGAGUUCUUUUUCAAGAAUAAGUGGACCUUAUAGAACAAGAUCUUCCCCAAGCCAAAUAAGUGAAUUUACAGAAAUUUUUUGAUUAAAAUUUUAAUAUUUUUUUAGGAUGAAUAUAAAUUGACAUAGGGAUUUUAUUCAUUCUUUUUAAAGUUCAUGUUUUUUUUAAUCUUGAAACAUGUAUACACCA